AUGGAGGACUUCGAAUGUGAUGACUUUGAGAAGACGCUGAAGGUGAUCGUGGUAGGGAACGGCAAUGCGGGCAAGACGAGCAUGACGACGAGGUACGCCAAGGGCAGGUACACUGGCACGUACAAGAAGACGAUCGGUGUGGACUUUAUGGAGAAGACGGUGGAGUUGCGCGAUCUGGGCGAGACCAUCAACCUCAUGAUCUGGGAUACAGCUGGCCAGGAAGAGUUCGACACGCUGACCAGCAGAUACUACAAAGGAGCUGGAGCCGUCAUUUACGUGUUCUCGACCGUGGAUCGAGCGUCGUUUGACGACCUGCCCAAGUGGAGGCGCAAGGUUGAGGAGGAGUGCGGCCAAAUCUGCAGCGUUCUGGUGCAGAACAAGAUCGAUCUGGAAGAUGACGCGAAGAUGACGCGCGAUGAGGUCGAAGACAUGGCCGACUUCCUAAGCAUGCGGCUCUAUCGCUCUUGCGUCCAAGACAACAUCAAUGUCGGCGAAGUCUUUCGUUAUCUGUGCCGGAGGUUUCUAAAGAGUGGCGACGACGGCGACGAAAUGGUGCACGCAGUCACGGACAUUUCGACGCUGAGCCAGACCGUGAAACCCGCGGAUAUCUCGCGCUACCCUCCAUCUCCAGAGCCCCACACGAAGCGGGAGAUCUCGGAUAUCUCGGACAUCGAAUCGGAUCGCACGUCGACUGCAGCUCCGUCGCCGACAUCUCAGACUUGCUUAGGGAAAUCGUUUCCUCCGUCUCCGCCUACAAUCAUCAAUCGCGAGUGCGACAGUGACAGCGGCGACGACGCAGCACCCGAUUCCCCCCGACGAAGUCGGAAG